UAAAUCGGAGGAGAAGCGUGUGGGACUCACGUAUUAAGAUCACAACCAACUGUUAAAAAUCACCCAUAAUUCCAGAUCCUCCGCGUUGCACCUGUGAUACCCAAAAUAUAUAUUCCUCAUGUAGUUUAGAAUUUUCAAGUGGGCUCUGAAAAUCCAUCUUUACUUAAAACAUUGGAAGUAGAAGAGAUUUGGGUUUCAUAUAAAGGUCACAUUCACAUUAUGCAGUACAGCAGAUGACGAUUCGUUUGAAGAAAAGCAGUGAAUAAAUGAGAAUACAUGGAGACUGACAACAAAUAUCAUGUUCAGCACAAAACUCUGAUAUGGGUAGCUAUAAAUGUUGUGAUUCGGGAUUCCUCAAGCAGAGAAUUUGCAGUAGGACUGCAAGCAAGAAGAAUUGGACAUGGACGCUAAAGUCCCUUAUAAGCAGGUAUGAAGUUUUCUACGAUAUGAAUUGGGGUUUUUUUUUGUACGAUGUGUGUGUUUUUCAAGCGGCAUCAAAACUACCCAAAAUAUUUAAGAAUUAGAGAGUGUCUUACAAAAUGAAGGAAGGAUAGAAGCAUGUGCAAGAAGCUCAAGCUUCAGAAAGUGCAUGAGCCAGAGCCAAAACCAAAACCGAAGCUUGCGGCUGUAAAAUCCCAAAUCAAACCUAAAUUCUCAGAUGAUUUCGCCCCUACUCCCAGCAAAAGCACAGACCAUAAUUGGAUCUCAAGCAGCACUUUUUCCAAGGGUUCCACCAGCAGUGCAAAAUCCCUUGAAAGUUUCAAAGAAUCUGUCCUUCGUGACAAGCCUAUUCUUUACGGAUUCAAGGAGAUCACAGGGGCUACAUCUCAAUUCACUUCUGGGAGAAUUGGGAAAUCCUCUGUUUAUAAGUCUAAUCUGAGGGGAAAAGAAGUGGCUAUUACAGUCAGGGGGCUGAAAAGCUUCAGGGAUUUUAGGGCUGGAAUCAGACAAAUCUGUAGUGUCCACCAUGCCAAUAUAGUAAAACUUCUGGGAGGCUGUUGUGAGGGUGAAAAUGUUUACCUAGUCUAUGAUUAUGUGCACGGAGCCAGUCUGGAAGACUGCUUGAGGAACAGAAAAAUGCCUGAAUUCACUGUUUUGAAGACCUGGAUGUCUAGAAUGCGGAUUGCCACAGAUGUGGCACAGGCCUUGGAAUACAUGCACCAUGACACCAGCAUGAAUUAUGUGCAUAAUUAUAUGAAAGCCACCAGUAUCAUAAUUGCAGAGCCUGAUUACAGGGCAAAGAUAUGCCAUGUGGGUGCGUCUUAUUUGGCAGGGGAAUAUGUUUUAGAUGAUGCACAUGAAGGUUAUGAUUUGUCAAAAGGCAAAGGAGUAUCUUCAGAAAUCACAGAAGAGGAAGAAAAUGCAGGUAAGUCUGAUCGGAGUAUCAAAUUGCUCAAGAGAUCCAAAAGCAUGAGGAUAACAGGGACACAAGGGUACAUGGCUCCGGAAUAUGUUAGUACUGGGAUUGUUUCUCAGAAAAAUGAUGUCUUUGCUUUUGGGGUGAUUCUGUUGGAACUUCUGUCAGGGCAUGAACCUGUGAGAGAGAGUUGCCAGGCUUGCUGCUUCCUGCGUGGACUCUGAACCUGACAAGAGACCUGAUAUGAGGACUGUGGCAGGGCAGCUCUCCAAAUUGUACAUAUUCUCGCAACAAUGGUCUGAACAAUUGCAGGCUAACAAAGAUUUGAUAACUACCACAUUUGAAGCAAGAUGAAUGCAAUCUUUCAAUCUGUAAGAGCGAUCAUCUAAUUCUUUUUACUUACUUUGUUAAUAUAUUAGAUGAAGUUGUGGCUCAGCGAAAAUUGAAAGGCAGGAGAUCUGUUCAAAUCAUGUCUUCAUAUACAAUUUUGGUUUGAGUGACCUGUUUCAAAACAACCCAUUAUUAGGCCACUUAAAAAACUGGUCUUUCAUAUAACUUCAGACACUUUAUGAGGAAGGGAAAAAAGGUCUGAAGUAAUUUUUUAUUCAUACCAAUCAUUUGGCUUGUACCAAACACGAGCCCGGACAAUAAAGGUGGGAUAAUAAAUGUCUCCUGGCUCUUUACAAUGGUUUGUUUAACACAAUUUUUUCUGGAACAAAGUAUUGUUUGAAGCAAUGAGCCUGGCAAUACAGAUCAGUGUCAUUGGUGUACUAUU